GAUAAUAUUGGCCUUGUAGUUGCAGUUUUCAGAGGGUCUGGCCCAUUCGAGGAUGAGGAGGGCACCACCUCUGUAAUAAUCAAACAGAAUAGGAAUUAUAUAAGAUAUGGUACAGUAUUCCUUGAUACAGAGUGUUCGGCGUCCCAGAUACAAAACAGAAAUGGCUGAGACAUAUAAAGAAAUUAAACCAUUUUCUGCUUUCUAAUGAGCUGCACUACAAAUAGAGAGGUUAGUAUAGCUUCAAAGAAUUCAUGCACACAAACAAAACAAGGGGUUUGCUAGAUUUACUUAGCAAUUAACAAGACAAUUCUAUAUCCAGUGAGGAGAGAGGAGAUUAAUGCUGCAGUGAUCUCUUGAAGAACCAAGACUUUUUAUAGGAAUGAUAAUUUCUAUCCUUGCCAUUCCAUCAUUGGUGUUCCAAUAGAUGUUCCUCCACCAUAGAUUCUGGUUUUCUCAUCCUGUUGAAUUGUUCUGCUAAAUUACCAGAGUUCUUGGGAAGGGUGCCUUUUAAAGAACCUUGACUUUGCAGUAUAGUACCAGUCCCUUGCUAUAAAUUGUUUAAGUUACCCUGUGAAAGUAUUAAUGUAAAAAAUUUGAAUGUGUAUGCCAUUCUGUGUUAGAUUUUAGACUGCAAGACCUUCAAGACAGGAAUCUGUCCUGUAUGUGAAGUGCCAUGCAUUUUGAGGGGUGUAAUCAAUAAUAAUAGAGUGUGUGUGUGUGUGUGUGUGUGUGUAUGAAAUGUGAGCCAGAAUAUAAUAAGAGAGAACAUCUAUAAUUCCUGUCUUGCAGAGAACACUGACAUUUGAAUGUUAUCAGCUGAAAUGAUGAAUCCCCUUUUAAAGAAGCACAUUUUGCAACCAUCAUCUUGUAAUGGGAAUGUGGAAGAAGAGACACUGUAUAUGUAUGUGUGUAUAGACUCAGAAAGGAGCCCUUGGGGACUACACUUCCCGUGAUGCCCCGCGUUCCGCCAUUUUGUCUCCCCCCGGAGGGAGCGUUGCGGCACUGCGCAUGCGCUUGCUUCAGACGCGGUGCUGACGGGAGAAGCGAAGGGUCGGCGCCUGACGAGGGAAGUAAUCCCCACCUGAGAGCCUGAGUCACAAAUCCCAGCAAUGUCUACUGUUACCCCAGAAGGGCAGCAGGCAGUGAAACACUAAAAGCUACUCUAUCAGGCAAGUGACCCACUGGAAACCAUAUUCCUUUGCUGCCAUGUCAGGAAGCUAUACACCGACACCUGGUGGACCCUUUUCUGCUCUCACUCCCAGCAUAUGGCCUCAGGAAAUCCUGGCAAAAUAUACCCAGAAAGAAGAAUCUGUUGAGCAACCUGAGUUCCGAUAUGAUGAAUUUGGUUUUCGAGUAGACAAAGAAGAUGGUGCUGAGCCAAACUCCAGCAAGCUCUUGGGAAUCCCACUGAUAGAAGAGCCACAGCAGAGGCUGAAAUGGCAGGCUCACUUGGAGUUUACACACAACCAUGAUGUGGGGGACCUCACCUGGGACAAGAUAGAAGUCACACUUCCACAUUCAGAUAAGCUGCGAUCACUAGUGUUGGCUGGCAUUCCUCACAGCAUGAGACCACAGCUGUGGAUGCGACUAUCCGGUGCUCUACAGAAGAAGAGAAAUUCAGAAAUGUCUUACCGGGAAAUUGUAAAGAACAGCUCAAAUGAUGAAACCAUUGCUGCCAAACAAAUCGAGAAAGACCUGCUCCGCACCAUGCCCAGCAAUGCCUGCUUCUCCAACAUGAACAGCAUUGGUGUGCCACGACUACGUAGAAUAUUACGUGGAUUGGCUUGGCUGUAUCCAGAAAUUGGCUACUGCCAAGGAACUGGCAUGGUAGUGGCUUCCUUGCUUCUCUUCCUGGAAGAAGAAGAUGCCUUCUGGAUGAUGUGUGCUAUCAUUGAGGACCUGGUGCCCGCCUCUUACUUCAGCACCACUCUCAUGGGUGUACAGACAGACCAGCGUGUAUUGAGACAUCUCAUUGUGCAGUACCUGCCACGACUGGAUAAGCUUCUUCAGGAGCAUGACAUUGAGCUGUCCCUGAUCACCCUGCAUUGGUUCCUCACAUCCUUUGCUAGUGUUGUGCAUAUCAAGCUGUUGCUACGCAUCUGGGACCUUUUUUUCUACCAGGGUUCCAUAGUUCUCUUCCAGGUCACUUUGGGCAUGCUCAGGAUGAAGGAAGAUGAACUGAUCCAGUCAGAGAACUCUGCAUCCAUCUUCAACACACUCUCAGACAUCCCCUCUCAAAUUGAAGAUCCAGAUGUGCUCUUGCAGGAAGCCAUGCGGAUUGCUGGGUCACUGACAGAUGUGGCAGUGGAGACACAGCGUUGCAAGCAUCUUGCUUACCUCAUUGCCGACCAAGGGCAGCUAUUAAGUCCCGGUGCUGCUGUCAACUUAUCAAAGAUUGUGCGACGCAGGACACAGCGCAGGAAGUCUGGCAUUACCUCACUGCUUUUUGGAGAAGAUGAUAUGGAGGCGCUGAAGGCCAAGAAUAUUAAGCAAACUGAGCUGGUUGCAGACUUGCGUGAGGCCAUCCUGCAAGUAGCACAGCAUUUUCAGUGUGUGGAUCCCAAGAGUUGCAGCAUAGACUUGACUCCAGACUACACAAUGGAGAGCCACCAGAGAGACCAUGAAAGCUAUGUAGCAUGUUCCCGGAAUCAGCGGCGACGUGCCAAGGCACUGCUGGAUUUUGAGCGUCAUGAUGAUGAUGAACUAGGCUUCCGUAAGAAUGAUAUCAUCACGAUUGUCUCCCAGAAGGAUGAGCAUUGUUGGGUGGGUGAGCUAAAUGGCCUCAGAGGUUGGUUUCCUGCAAAAUUUGUAGAGGUCCUGGAUGAACGGAGCAAAGAGUAUUCCAUUGCAGGAGAUGACUCUGUCACUGAAGGAAUCACAGACUUGGUCCGAGGAACACUCUGUCCAGCCCUUAAAGCCAUAUUUGAACAUGGGCUGAAGAGGCCAUCUUUGUUGGGUGGGGCCUGUCACCCCUGGCUCUUCAUCGAAGAGGCUGCUGGGCGUGAAGUGGAGCGAGACUUUGACUCUGUGUAUUCUCGUCUUGUGCUCUGCAAGACUUACAGGUUAGAUGAAGAUGGGAAAGUGCUGACUCCAGAAGAACUGCUUUAUCGGGCAGUACAGUCUGUGAACAUGUCACAUGAUGCAGCACAUGCUCAGAUGGAUGUGAAGCUUCGUUCUCUCAUCUCUGUUGGACUGAAUGAACAAGUACUACAUUUGUGGCUUGAGGUGUUGUGCUCUAGCCUGCAAACAGUGGAGAAAUGGUUCCAUCCCUGGUCAUUUCUGCGCAGUCCAGGUUGGGUACAGAUCAAGUGUGAGCUCAGGGUCCUCAGUAAAUUUGCAUUCAGCCUCUCACAGGAUUGGGAACUCCCUGUAAAAAGAGAGGAGAAGGAGAAGAAACCAUUGAAGGAAGGAGUUCAGGACAUGCUUGUAAAGCACCAUCUUUUCAGCUGGGACAUAGAUGGAUGAGGUCUUGCUCCACCACUUUUUUGGACUUCUUGUAUGACACAAUUAUUCUUGGACUAUAUUCCUUUUCUCCUCCACCAGCCUGUUACCCCUUCAUGCAUUGUACACUGUAAACAGCCAUGUGCUCUUUCCGUAUUUUCUAGUUCUGAGAUUGCUGUCUUUUGGUAGCAGCUUCCUCUAGCAAAUGGGUAGCAGCACAUUGAAGAAUGCAGGGGUUGUACUUUACUGUUCAGAGUCUGGCUGUCUAACUUCCCUACUCCAUGGUGUAUCACAAACUGUGCAGUGCAUGUAUGCACCUACUCUAUCCACUUGGGCCAAGUGUCUGAGGUCAACUAGGGGUGAGGCCUGAGUGAAAGGUAAGGAAGACAAUGACAUUGGCUACAAAGUUGUUAUAACCAAGCAAGGGAAGUGUAAUGUGAAGCUGGAUAGCUAGUAAUGCUACUGCAUUCCUUUCUGUCCAGGAUGGGAAGCUGAUGGUUGGCAGUCUCCUCUAAGACUUAUUUCACCUGUGGUGGCAAAUUUUUAUUUUCCUAUAGAGAGAUAGUGUGUGAAGCAGUAAUCAAUGUAAGAAAGAGACAAUGUGGCUACUAUGAAACCCAGGUUCUACAGGUGCGUGAGUGGCUUUGGUACUGCCACAAAGUGCCUAAAACGAUUGGCUGGUCAGUGAGACUGCCUUGGGGGUUGUAAAGGAUGGUGGCAGCUGCUACUACCACUAGCCUUUCACUCCAUCCAGUUGUGAUCCAGAAGUAAACAUUUUAGCCUGGAGCAUUUUUUAAAAAAUAGUAACCAAAAGAUGUAAGUUAUAUCCAGAAAUGUCUGUAUAUUUUGACAUAUCGUAAAAGCAAAAGGUAGAUUCAGGACUGAGCUGGCUCAGGGACAGAACUAUAGCCUCUGCUGUAAGUGUGAAACUAGCAGGGUCUGUAAGACAGGAGCACAUAACUUGCUACGUGGUGGCAGCUCAUUUGAGUGCAAGAGAUAAUGAAAGCACUGGUUGGGGAGCACAAUCUAACCAUGAAGUGAAACAAGGCUGUGUCAUUUUGGUUCAUAAAUAAAUUGCGCAUCUUGUGACAGUA